UGCCAACGCGUGUGGUGUUAUAAAAUAAAAUCCCAGAUGCUUUAUGUUAGGUGCGUUAGAGACACAUUUGAUUGUGAAGUGAAACUAAAGCGGAGUCGGAAUUGGAAUUAGAUUAGUUAAUACUUUCUCAGUAGCAGUUCAUGGCUGACAACGAUUCUCUCUCCGAAUUCCUGGCAUCUGCAGUAGACGCUGCUCGAAAAGCUGGUGAUAUCAUUCGGAAAGGCUUCUAUGAAACCAAGCAUGUCCAGCACAAAGGCCAGGUUGAUUUGGUCACUGAAACUGAUAAAGCAUGCGAGGAACUCAUUUUUAAACAUCUCAAGCACCUUUACCCUACUCAUAAGUUCAUUGGGGAAGAAACCACCGCUGCGUUGGGCACUACUGAACUUACAGAUGAGCCUACAUGGAUAGUUGAUCCUGUGGAUGGAACUACUAAUUUUGUGCAUGGGUAUCCCUUUGUUUGUGUCUCCAUUGGUCUUACGAUUGGAAAAAUUCCUACAGUUGGUGUUGUUUACAACCCCAUUAUCGAAGAGCUUUUCACUGCCAUUCGAGGAAAAGGUGCUUUUCUGAAUGGGAAUCCGAUCAAAGUGUCGGCACAAACUGAACUGAUUACCUCUCUUCUUGGAACUGAGGCACCCACACAACGUGACAAGUUAUCUGUAGAUGGCUGUACAAAUAGGAUUAAUAACAUGCUUUCCAAGGUGAGAUCCCUUCGAAUGAGCGGCUCGUGUGCUUUGAACUUAUGUGGAAUUGCUUGUGGAAGGCUGGAUGUAUGCUUUGAACUUGGCUUUGGUGGUCCUUGGGAUGUGGCAGCUGGUGCUGUCAUUAUUAGAGAAGCCGGAGGUGUUGUUUUUGAUCCUUCUGGUGCAGAUUUUGACAUCAUAUCUCAGAGAGUAGCAGCCUCAAACCCUUUCUUAAAAGAUGCACUUGUUGAUGCUCUGCGCCAAGACCAGUGAGAAACUUGGUCUUCAUCAAAGUUGGUGGAAUAUUGGCAUAUUGAGUAAGUCAACCUGCGUUAAUGCAUUUUGCUGAUGCUUGUUUUUUUCUAGUUGUUCUAUUUCUAUAGUUGCUACAUAAGCGUCACCAAAAUAUUUGUAUAAUCUAAUUAUUACCAUUUUCACGUUUGAUGAUGCAACUCCGCUUCGGACUAAUUCAAUUCACAUAUCCGAUAACUACAAUAUUUCUAUCUUGAUUAUGCUGUGUUGUUUUUUUAACAAAUUUUUAAGGAUUUCUAUUUAAAUUUUAUUAUUUUGCUCGGUCUUCAGUAGUUGGUAUUUCUUUUUUGGGUAGAAUUUUGGUAGUUGUUAACUUGUUAUGAUCUUAAAAAAAUGGUGAAUAUAUGAUAAAAAUUCCGGUUAGUUGGUUAAUCAUCCGUCUGAAUAUGAGUUGGCAUCCGCAUCUGUUUCAAGGAUGUAAUAAUCAUGGAUUAUUAAAUAUAGGAUAUAGUACUAGUCAAACAGAACAAAGCUAAGUUUGAAAACAGACUCAACAGAGACUUGAACAACCUAAUACGUUUCUUCAGUGAGAGAAAAAUAAAAUAUAGAGAAGACAUUGCUCAUUCCUUUAGUGUGCUACAUAUAUUGUAAUUUCUACGUAUUGUUUGCACCUGCCAAUUGGAGUAUUCACCAUUUCAUGUUUGCAUGGUCCCACACAGAACAAUGAUAUAUGAUAUAUCUAAUCUAAUGGAUGUCAUUACUGUGAAAGAAGAAAGGGAUGCUAACUAUAAUUUUUCUUCUAGUUGAGACUGUUGCUGAAUUGUUAAUGUACUUACGCAGGACUAACAUGGUCGCUUAGUUAAAGUGAGAUACAGAGUUCUUUUCAUUUCUAGCAUUCGAGUUUGAAUUUGAGUUUCUGCCUUUCUGGUAUUUUAAAAAGUUGUUGACAAAAUUAUCUCUCUUAUGAUAUUUUCGAUACUUGAACAAUACUAUUUUUAAUAAUCAAAUACUUAUAAUUUCGUGUGAAAAAAAUUUACCUAUUCACGGAAUCUAUGUUGUACAUGUACGUUUAAAGUUCAAAUCAUAUUCACCCAAGGUGUACGUAAAUUCUUACACUUUACUUCUAUUAUGGGUCAUUUUUUUUUACUUUUAUAUUUCUUGUUUUUUUUUAACUUUCUUUUUCUGCAAGUAUUUUGGUAAAAGUCCCCAUCUUUUUGAUUCACCAAAAGCCGAAGAAAGAGAGACAAAAAAGAAAAACAAAAAGUGAAAAACAAAAAUACAUAUAUGAAGGAGACUUUUACAUAUAUACCCUGGAGGCCUGGAAGGUCAGAAAUCAUCAUUCCAUCAAAGAAUUUCCCCCAACUCCUACUCUAAGCUAGAGUUGGGGUACUAACUACCAAAGAUAAGAAAAGCAAAAUGUUAUACAUAGUCCUCAAAAAAAAAAUUGAUUAUACAUAACUAAGUCCAACAAGAAAACCAAAUGGAAAAGGAGUAAAGUAAGGCACAAA